AUGAUAUCGAAUCUCGCUGUCUUUUGGUCGUAUCUUCUCUUUCUAAUUCCAUCUCUGAUUUGUUCCUUGUUUCUUCUCUAUUACCUUCUUUUCGAUCGAACAUUGCGUUCAGCUCUUCACAAUCAUGUGAUUAUCGUCGUUCUUUUCAUUGUUCUUAUUUACGAACUAACAAUUUAUCCGUGGAUGUUGUAUUAUUAUUACCACCAGCGAAGUGCGUUAGCAGCAUCGAAUCUUUUCUGCACGAUCCGAACGUUUCUUGAUUGGGAUCUUUACAUAACUCAAUCAUUUCUUGUUUCUUGGGCAACAAUUGAACGACAUAUUUUGAUUUUUCAUGAGAAAUGGAUAUCGACGAAAACCAAACGAUUCUUUCUUCAUUAUUUUCCAUUAAUUUCAAUCGUUUUCUACUGUUUAAUUUUUCAUAUAAUUGUUUAUUUUCUCCCACCCUGUCAAAAUUCAUUUGAUAACGUUUCGCUAACAUGUGUUUAUUCUUGUCUAUAUGACAUUUAUCCGGAAUUUUCCGUCGGGCAAACGAUUUUUCACCAAAUCUUACCAGUGGUCAUCAUUAUUGUGUUUAGUAUUGCUCUAAUCGUACGUGUUAUCUGGCAGAAAUUUCGCUUGCAUCAAGCAGUUCAUUGGCGGAAAUAUCGGAAAAUGACCAUUCAAUUAUUAUCGAUUGCAUUUCUUUAUCUUCUCUUUUACUUACCAUUAUCGAUUUCCUACACUAUUCUUCUCUGUGAUGUUGGCGAAGAUAUCAUCAUAGAUUUUCUCGAAUAUUCCAUAUUCUUUAGUUAUUUCAUGAUACUCUUAUUUCCUUUUGUUUCGAUUCUGUCAUUACCUGAACUUCAAAUGAAACUUGUCAAUCGGUUAAGACGUCAAAUAUUACCGAUGAAUAUUCCUGUGCACAGAUAG